AUGUCCCUGUACCGAAUCGGAGUAGACGUCGGAGGUACCAACACGGACGCGGCCAUUCUCGACAUCCGAGCUGCUGCCACAUCCACCCCUGGCCGUGGCGUGCUCGCCUCCCACAAGGCCUCUACCACGCGAGACAUCACCAGCGGUAUUGAGGCUGCCAUAAGAGCGGUGCUGCGCGACUCAGCCGUUGACCAGAGCGGUGUUUUGAGUGUCACCAUCGGCACAACGCACUUUAUCAACGCGCUUGUCGAGGCUGAUGCGCGGAGAUUAGACCGUGUCGCUGUGGUGAGGCUGUGCGGGCCGUUUACUAGACAAUUACCCCCGUUUUCCGACUUUCCUGUUGGGUUGAGGAGUAUUCUCGACGGAGGAGUUUAUUACCUCGAUGGAGGGCUUGAGAUUGAUGGGAGGGAAAUUGAACCGUUGGAUCAUGAGCAGAUUAGACAGACUGCGCGUGAUGUCGUCGCAAAGGGGAUCAACGUUGUCGCCCUGGUAGGCGUAUUCUCACCACUUGACCACGACGGCAAACAUGAGGAAGAAUGCAGAAGGAUUCUUCUCCAAGAAGCACCAUCUCUCCAGGUCGUGUGCUCCCACGACAUCGGGCCAACAGGCUUUCUAGAACGAGAAAAUGCCACCAUUCUCAACGCCUCCAUCCUACGAACAGGGCAUCGCGUGAAGAAGGGUUUCAAGCGCGCAAUGCAUCGGCUACAACUCACAUGUCCGCUCUUUUUAUCGCAGAACGACGGCACGCUUAUUGAUGCCGACACAGCAGCUGAGUUCCCCAUCAAGACUUUUGCAAGCGGUCCUACGAAUAGUAUGACCGGCGCUGCGUAUCUCGCUGGACUGGAUCAUAAGCGGGAGAACGUCGCGGAUGAUGAGGAGCCGCAGGUUUUGGUCGUGGAUAUCGGUGGGACGACUACUGAUGUCUGCGCACUUCUUCCAUCGGGUUUUCCACGACAAGCACCCGGUUUCGUCGAAGUCGGCGGCGUGCGCACUGCGUUCUCCAUGCCAGAGGUUGUGUCAAUCGGUCUCGGCGGUGGAAGCAAAGUGCAAGUCGACCCUAGCACACAAAGCGUCACUGUUGGCCCAGGAUCGGUCGGACAUUUACUCCAGCAGGAAGCCAAGGUCUUUGGAGGCAAGACUUUGACGGCGAGUGAUAUCGUCGUGGCGCUGGGUAAAGCGAAACUAGGCGACCCCGAGCUCGUCAAAGACGUCCCCGCGCCCAUCAUCGAAAGUGGUCGCAAGGAGUUGAAGAAAAUGCUCGAGAGCGUCGUUGAGCAAAUGAAAGUAUCCUCCGCCCCAGUCCACGUCCUCCUCGUCGGCGGUGGUGCACUCCUCGUAACCGAAGACCUCGCCGGGGUGGACAAGUGCAUAGUUCCCAUCCACCAAGGCGCCGCCAACGCCGUAGGCGCAGCAAUCGCCAAGGUAUCCGGCGAGAUUGACAUUGUGGAGAUCCCGGAGGGACGCUCUGAAAAGACCAUCGUGGACGCUGCGUGCGCCAAAGCGAUCGACAUGGCCAUCGCCAAGGGCGCAGCCAAGAACGACGUCAAGAUUGUCGAGAUCACAAAGACGCCGCUACAGUACAUGUCUAAUGGCGCUAUGCGACUGCAGGUUCGUGCGGUGGGACAUCUCGCUAUUCCCGAGGAACUCACGCCGCCGCCUUCACCGCCCGUGAUAAGCGUGCAGGAGACAGAGGACGAUGAGGGCGAGAAGGUCAGUGUUCCGGAUGCCCUUACACCAACGUACAAGCCCUCUCUCCACGUUGAUCUCGACGCCUACCGUCCUGAUGUCCAGAACGGAACGUGGUAUCUUUCUGAAGUUGAUCUAGAGAUGAUCGCGACAGGAUGCGGAGUCCUCGGCACAGGUGGUGGAGGACCGACACAUCACGAGUACCUCAAGGGCUUGGAUGCACUGCGGAAUAAUCCCAAGGGGAGAUUGAGGGUUAUUUCGCCGAAAGCACUCAAGGACGAUGCUAUGAUCUGCUUUGGUUCGUGCGGAUCGGCGGGGGGGAAUGAGAUUGUUACUGGUAUCAAUGCUGUGAACAAGGUUGUUGGGAACAAGACCUUUGAUGGCAUGUACAUUGAUGAGAUUGGUGGUGGAAAUGGUAUGAGUGCUUUCCCGCCAGCUGUUCACUUCGACGUCCCCGUCGUCGAUGGCGAUGCCAUGGGUCGAGCUUAUCCUACCAUGUAUCACGCUACGUUCAGUGUAUACGGCCACUCCCUCACACCCUGCGUCCUCUCCGACGCCCGUGGAAACACCAGUGUCGUCAUGAGCACCGACAACCCAAUCCGUCUUGAGAGUCUCCUCCGAACAACAGUAAUUGAACUCGGCCUCGGCUGCGCAGUCUGCGCCAAUCCCCUCCCCGGCUCCGUGAUCAAGUCGCACGGCGUUCCCAACACGGUAUCUCAAGCGUGGUAUCUCGGCCGCGCGGUGCACAACGCUCGUCGCAAAAAGACCAGCUAUGUUGACGCAAUUCAUCCGCUAACUGGUCAGUUUGACGUCUGCACUGGAAAACUCCUCUUCACCGGCAAGAUCGUCGAUGUCCGUCGCUACAUCGGCGGCGGCUACACAAUGGGCUCCGUCGUCAUCGCGCCCCUCAGCGAAGACGAGCGCGAAUCCCACAAACAAGAUGUCCCCAGCGAUCGCCACAUGGUGAUUCCCUUCCAGAACGAGUAUCUCUACGCAGCGCUCUGCGACGCCGACGGUUCAGAGGCUUCACAGCAGGUCGUAUGCACGGUUCCCGAUCUAAUCUCCAUCCUGGGCCAAGACGGCGAGGGCAUUGGAUCUCAGGACUUGAGGUACGGACUACGUGUUAACGUCGUUGCGCUGCCGGCGCAUCCGCUGUGGAAGACGGAUAAGGGUAUGAAGGUUGGUGGACCUGAGGGCUUUGGAUUGAAGAUUCCGUAUACGGGUGUUGAUAAUGACUUUGUGGAGGGGAGGAGUGUGAUUGAGGAGUUUGGGGCAUAG